AUGGAAGAUCCAGCUGCUGCACGCUUAAAAAGUUUGGUAGUAAGUAGUAAUGAAGCUUUGGAAUUUAAAUUAGUACGCUCUGCAGAAGACUUAGAAGAUGAAGAAACUACAUUUAAACCAGAACUGUCUCACCAAGUGUUUGGAGACAGUGAAUCUAUAUUUGGUUAUCGGGAUCUGAGAGUGAAGCUAUACUAUUCAGCAGGUUGUUUAGAAACUUAUUUAGGUAUGACUUAUUCAGAGAAAAUAAACAAAGAUCAUUAUGAGGGAGUUGAAGCCGAUGAAGUAUUAUCAAAAGUUGCUGAGAAAUUAGCUCCACAAGUACACAAUAACUUAGACACAUUUAUUGAAUCUUUGAAAAAAGAUGAUACAUUCAAACCGCAUGGUGAAUUACUUCAUUCAUUUUCUAUCAAUGAUGAAGAUUGCACAAGGAAAUUUGAUGUUUAUAAAGCAGACAUGACUUACAAAGGAUUUAGGGAAUAUCAUCAACGUCUUCAAACAUUUGUUCUUUGGUAUAUAGAUGCUGCUAAUUUUAUAGAUAUUGAUGAUGAUAGGUGGCAUUACUUUAAUAUGUUUGAAAAAUAUCAGACAGCAGAUGGUACUAUUCGUUAUGCAACCAUUGGUUUUGCUACUGUAUAUCAGUAUUAUGCAUAUCCGCGUCAUACUAGACCUCGUAUAGCUCAAGUUUUAAUUUUACCGCCAUUUCAAAAUAUAGGUCUUGGUACACAUUUAUUACAUGCUAUAUAUCGUGAAUAUAUUGGAAGAAAUCAAGUCAAAGAUAUAACAGUUGAGGACCCUUCUGUGACUUUUCAACGAUUAAGAGAUUAUGUGGACGCAAUGAAUUGCAAUACGUUACCUAGUUUUUCACGAGAAUAUCUACUUCAGGGUUUUAAUAAAACAAUGGCUGUAGAAGCAAAUGAAAAAUUCAAGAUUAAUAAGAAACAAGCACGAAGGGUAUACGAAAUUUUGAGAUUACGUGCAACGGAUUUAACAAAUGAGCAAGAAUAUCGAGAAUACAGAUUGGAUGUAAAGAAAAGACUAAAUAUUCCUUACAGACGCGAACAGAAUGAUUUGAAAAAAUUGGAAUGUGCACUGAAGAAUAUUGAUAAACGUGCAAACAUAACUUUACCUGUAUUAGAGCAACGUAUACAAACGCUUGAGAAGGAAUACAAAAGUUUAGAAGAAGAAUAUAAAAAAGUAAUUAAACGUUUGGAAGAUGCAGAAGAACUUUGA